GUCGUCCCUAUUUCGGAUCACGCAGGCGUAUCAUUACCGAGGCUCCCAUUGGCGCCAUAUAAAUAUGUGGACAGCGAACCGUCUAAUAAUCUAGCAAUAGGGAUCUGCAAGGUUUUUUUUUUCGGACAUCCAGUUGUGUUAUCGUAUAUACCACGAACUGUAUAGACUCUUGUGAAUUUAUCUCAGACCAAAUCCGGACAAGUGCUGGAAAUCCGUCUCAGAGACUAGCUCAAGAUCGCAUCACAUCAAAAUGAUUAUCUACAAGGACAUUUUUAAUGGCAAAGAACUCUUCACUGAUGCCUGGAGCUGUGAGCCGGUUGGAGCCGGCAAAACCUUACUUAGAUUGAGAGGAAAAAUAGUGUACGAAGAACCAAGUCCCAUUGACGAGGGACUGAUCGGCGGAAACAAAUCUGCAGAAGCCGACGAACCAGCAGCCACCGAAGACCCAGUUAGGACCCUUAAGAUGCCUCACCUGGCAGAAGCCGCCCAGCAAUUCGCCGUGAAAGAUUACCAGUUAUGGCUGAGAGGAUACGUUGGUCGGUUGGUAAAAAGGAAAAAGGAAGAGAUUGCAGCCCUGAGGAAUAACGGCGACGGUGAAGAAGCGGACAAGAUGGGGGCAGAGUUGGAAAUCUUUAAGGAUAACAUCACCUCGGAUAUCAAAGAAGUCAUAAUCUCUUCAUUCGAAGAGAAAGAUUUUAGAUUCUAUACUGCCGAUGAAGAUGAGUAUGAAGUUGAAGGGAUGCUCGUCCCCAUGACCUGCCCCAAAGAUGACCCGGACGUAAUAUUUCUCUACUUCAUACAAGAUGGUUUGGUGACCGAAACGUGUUAGGUCAUUCAUUGGAUGCAAUUCGAGUUGACAAUAAUAAUAAUAUAAUAAUAAUAAAUGCAUAGCGCAUAAUAUUCGACGGAAUCUCUAUGCGCUUGUACAAAAGAGGUAAUUAAGGCUAAUUCAGGUAUAUACUGAGAAUAAAAUGCAUAAAUACUAAAUGAAUAAUCAACAAAACAUUGUAACAUAUAUGGUGCUUUUCCUUUAUAAAAUAAUCUAACAUAUGAGAACAAGUAUAUUUUUGAAGAUACAUGUGAUGGCCCUCAGAUUAAUAGGCAGUUUAUUCCACAGUACAUGUGCUGCUAACUGAAAGGCACGAUCACCAAACGAACAUGUUUUAGACGUUGGUACAGUAAAAAUGGCUAGAAGAGCGGAGAUUUCUUUGUAGGACAUAUUCAG